CCACAUUGUUUCAACUUUCAAUUUAUUAUCGGCGGCCACUUCACAUCACAAAGGCAAGAGAGGGGGUCAAAGUACGAAACUUUUCCUCAGGGGAAGCAAAAAUUAUAAUCAAGAGCAAGGAGGAAAAAGAAGAAAUGUAUGCAGAAACUGGGUUCGCGUUCCGAUUCAUGCAGGGCUGUUCUCCAGAGAUUCACCAAUUCGAUGACCUCUUCAGAUCCUACAAGCUCUCCGAUGAAAUGAACAAUCUUGCUGAGGCAUGUGAGUAUGAUUUCGGAGAAGAGAGUGACCUAUUCAAACCCUCUGAUCCGAUCAUGGAAGAACAAAUGCUAGCCGUUGAUCCACUCUCUCGAGAGAUUGUUGAACUCAGCGAUCUCGGGUCGUUGCAGAGUGACCAACACCUUAUAGACAAGGCGUUCUACGACUGUGAGCAGGACCUCCUGGUGAAAUCAGCAAUGGAGUCUUCGCUCUCUGAGGUACUAGACAUCAAGAACAUUCCUUUGGUGGCAAAAAUGGACAAUGCUAGUAGUGUAGUCGUCUCUGAUGUCCCGAUUCCGAAGAGCGUGAGCUCGGGGAACCUGAGCUCAAUGGACACGGCACAGCACAAGGAUGCGAUGAUUCAGAGCUUCCCCGAUCUCCCACCAGUGGAUUAUGGAAUGAGAAGAGCCUUUAGCGAAAGCGAUAUACAGACACUGAGAACUAUAAACUCGGGUCUUGUUCAGUCUCAGUUGGAUCGAAUAAUCAUAAGUUGCACCUCUGAGGACCGUCGUGAGAAGCUUUCUCGAUACAGAAACAAGAAGAGCAGGCGAAAUUUCGGGCGUAAAAUCAAGUAUGCUUGCAGGAAGGCUCUUGCAGACAGUCAACCGAGGAUCCGAGGAAGGUUUGCAAAAACAGAGGAGAUGCAGAUAUGAGGAUUAUUAGUUAGGUCCUUAAGAUGAGCCCAUAACUAUAGUUUGAUGCAGUGUGUUCCAAAAUAUGUGUAUAUAAGGGUUUGUCUGAAUAAGAUUAAGGAGUAAGAAUUAGGAAAGACACAACAAGUUGUAGGGAGUUUGACUUAUAUAUGUUAGAUCUUGUGAACCUGUGUCUCUAAAAAUUUAAAUAUAUAUAAGCUGUUUGAUAUUCCUUCCUUUUUUUUGUUUGACCGUGUAUAUUAUGA